CAAUUGUCAAGUGUCAACUGUCAUUUUGUACAAAAUAAAAGUUCUUGUAUUUAUGUUUUUCAAUUUAAAUAAGAAAACGGUCAACAUUACUAUGUAUUAACGGGCAGUGAAACAAAGAACGCGCAAUUUAUGUUCACUCCGGUGUGGAAUCAUAAACCAUGAAGAAAGUAGUGUUGUUCAAAAGCGCGUCCGAGGACUACGAGGCGGCCUUCCGGAAGCACAACUACGAGGCCAUCUUCGUGGAGCCGCUGCAGUUCGAGUACUUGAACCUGCCGGCGCUCGGCGAGCGGCUGCAGGACGCCAGCUACGGCGGCGCCGUGCUCACCAGCCCGCGCGCGGUGGAGGCGGUGGCCAGGUGCUGGGCGCCCUCCAAGUUCGUGCUGUGGAACACCAAGAGGGUGUACACGGUCGGCGAGGCGAGCGCGCACAAGAUCAAGCUCUCGCUCGGGCUCGAGGCGCUCGGCGGCGGCGCGGGCAACGCCGAGAACUUGGCCACUCUCAUAGCCAGCGAGAACAGCGAAGGGUCGAAGUUUCUGUUUCCGUGUGGCAAUUUAAGGUCAGAAAUCUUACCAAACAUCUUACAGUCCAAACAGAUAUCGGUAGACGCCAUCACAGUGUAUGAAACUAAAGAGAAUGAGAAGCUCAGGACAAGUCUGCAAGAACUGAACGACACAGCCAACCCGAGCUGUCUCGUUUUCUUCAGUCCGUCCGGUUGUGAGUAUGUAUAUCGUCAGCUCCAAACGUUUAACAACAAACUUUCAAGUGUGCCACAUUUCGCUAUCGGCAACUCCACUGCUCACAAGAUUGAAAACCUUGGGGUGGAGAUAGCAGGAGUGGCGGCUAAACCCAAGGCUGAAAGUGUGAUAGAGUCUGUGCAGCAAUACUUCCGGACGUGUGACGAGUGUAGCUAGUGUUCGCUGUGCCUCCAUAUUGUGUAACUUGUCUGAUACAUCAAGUAGGGACUACUUGAUGUAUCCAUUUGUAACAUGUACAACCGAUCGCUACUACAACGGUUACACAAUAUAUUUGUGGGCAUCAAGGCAAAAACCCAAGCUUUAUCUGUGUGCCAAAUGGUAUUAAACUGAGCCAUCUUAUGAAUAUUAUUUAAAUGGGUACAUAGCACAAUAAAACAACAAGAUUCCGCAAAUUUCAGUCCUGUUAUGACCACAGUCCAUGCAACUGAAUCGAAAUAUUGACAUUAAGAAUCUUUACAUAGAAUACUGUUCACACACUCCUACAAUGGCGUGUCAUAUAUUUAAACCUAAAUGAUCAACCAAGUGUAAAUUAGCACAAACAGUUAUUUGUUGAGUAAAUGAAUAAUGCAAUAAAUUGUACUCAGACUAUUUUGGACAGUGCUAAGAUCUGUUGGUAUACAUAGAUAUGUUAAAAUUAUAGAUUUAUUUUAUGUUACUUUUACAAGUUGAUUCUAUAUUGUUUAAGACUUUUUAUGAAUAGAAAGUUUGUAAAAUAUUUAAAAGACAUGAGCAUUUAUUGUAAAAUGCUAAUGACAAAUGAUUUGGGCUCUGGUCCUUAACUGUUUUUAUAUUUUUAAGUUAAAAUAUAUACACUAGCUGUGCCCUGCAGUAUCUCUCACAUACUAUUGUGUAAAGCCUCCCUCAUUCAAUGGGCUCGGAUGUUCAACAGUGAGCUGAAUAUGAGUUGUUAUGGAUGAUGAAUUAAUGGACUACUUAAACUUCAGAUUAAAAUAAUUUUUAAUUGGAAUUUUAAGUUCUUGAAAAUAGCAUGUUCAGUCUACCUAAUGUGAGGAGGAAUAUAUACUUAGAGGCACAAUUAUCCACCCACUUUAAUAUGACACAAGUAUAUUAAAGUGGGCAGAUAAUUGUGUCUCUUGAGUAUAUUAAAUAUCAGUUUAUAAUUGCAACACAAAUAUUUGAAACAUUAAAAUAUCUAUUCUUACUUUUGACUGUUUAUGAUGUUAUACACACAUGUACCUACUAGCACGCCUCAACAUAGCUUGUGAGGAGGAAAUUAUCUUUUCCUCUUUUGUGUACCAAUAGUGGCCAAGAAAUAAUAUUUCUCUCUCUUCCUUCUCAAUGUAACAAAAGAGAGAGCAAUAUUUUUGAUUGCACCACUUUUUGUAGAGACAUGUUGUGGUACACAUCUUGAAGCCGGCAGGGAAGGCAACACUACACAAGUGUGUGUGUGUGUGAGACACAGCAGGUGACUCAGCCUGAUCACUUGUUAUUAUUCAGUAUUGUAAAGUAUUUUCUUGUAGUGCAGUAGAAUUUGCAGUUACCAUUCCUUAGUCAUUCAUUGUUUGCAUAAAUUAUAGGUAAACACAUUAUAUAGCCACCUAGUUACCUAAAACAGAUGUCUCAUAUCUGAUGUAGUACAGCAAAUAUACAGCUUGUGCAUAUUAACUUGACACCUGGCGUAAAUGAUGUUUGUACUGUUUGGUAGCCAGGUGUCAAGUUAAUGUGCAUUAGUUAUACAUAUGUAUAUCUACAUCUCAGUGUAAGAGAAUAUACUUGUUUCAUAUUAAUGAAAACAAUGUAAAAUAACCAUCAAUUUUGUACCUAAUUGUUUGAUUAAAAACCCAUGCAAACUAUCCUUUUGGCAAAAUUGUAAUUGUGAAAAAUAUGUAGAAUGUGUAAAUGUGUUCAAAUAAUUUAACCAUAAAGAAAUAGAGGUAGAACAGAAAACUACUUACCUAUUGUAUACCUACUAUAAUAUAUUUAUUAUGUUAAUAUUUACUUUAGUUUAACAAUUACAAAUUCAUAUGUCUAACCAUAGAAAGUUGAGACUUGAAAGAGAAUUACCUACUGCAGACAAUGACACUUUAAAGUUUAGUCUAUACCUAUAAUAUAUAUAUAUUUUAUAUUGUUUACAAAGUUUAGUUCAAUCCAAGUAAAUGUACCAGUAGAUUGAGUAACCAUUGAACAACAAUUUAAAAAAAAUAUUCAGAUUCUGUAUGUGUAUUCUUUCUAUGGAUCAUACAAUAUGCUACAAUAUGACUGGACUCGACAAUUUGCUUCUUAGCAACUGAACAUUGGGAUUGUGUACCUACUUGUGUACGAUUGUAUGGUGUCGGUAUUUGUACAAGUGUAACAUAACUCGAAUACAGUACAACUGUGCGUUUAGUGGGCGUAACACGUUAUGUAUUAUAUCAAUUACUUGUUAUAUGUCGAUAUAAGACUAAAUUAUAAGACUUUUUAUACAAAA